AUGACGAAGGAACCGGAAGACGCCAUGUCGCGCCUGAGUUUCGUCAACACUACUCCCAGCGUCGAAGACUUAAAGGACAAAAUUGCCGAACUGAUCGACGUUAUCGCCGCCAAGGACAAGAAAAUUGCGGAGCAAGAAGAGGACAUGAUUGCCCAGGACAAGGAAAUCAGCCGUCUAACCGGAGAGCUUGACAUCGCGAACGAGAUCAUUGACCUGAACUUGACCGGUAUUCGCGUCCUGCCCAGCCGUCCCAAGGACAAACUCAACAAGACGUUCCCGCCCACCAUGGUCGACGUAGGUGAUCUAGACACGAACGCUAUCAAAGAAGAGCUCGAAGCUGUCAAGGGGAAGGCCGUCGCUGACAAGUUGAAGCCCAAGGACGAUGUUAGGACCUGGCGGUACGGAGCCAUCGAGGACGAGUGGUUCGCUCUAGAGGCGAAAAUCAAGAGUAUGAAAGUCGAAGCCGAGAAGGAAAAGCGCAUGGUGGAUCGUGCAGCUGUGGCCAAGCUGAAGGGCCGCCAGAAGUCCCUCGAGAACACGAUCAAGGAAAUGGAUACCAACUUCAUGUGCAACAACUGUUGGGGCGUUGAAGGCAAGACCUGUGACGGUUGUAUCAACUGCAGUCAUUGUUCCAGCGAGAACAAGCCUUGCGAGUGGUCUCGCUGGAUGAGCAUCUUCGAAGAGGGAAUGAAGGAGUAG